AUGGCUGCUUACGAGGCUCAGCCGCUUGGCAGUAUGGAUAAGCAGGCUACGUUGGAGUCGCGGGCGAAUGCGUCGCGGUCGUUGGAUGGAGAUGAGAGUCAGGAGUAUCACCAGUCUCUGAGGGGUUUCACGAGGGCUGAUCGCGCGGAUAUGGAGCGUAUGGGCAAGGUGCAAGAGCUGAAAAGAAAUUAUCGGCCGUUGUCUGCGUUGGCGUUUACCGUUAUCUUGCAGGGUACUUGGGAGGUGCUUUUGACUGCAACAUACCAAGGCCUUCUCGAUGGAGGCCCAGCAGGUCUUAUCUGGAGUUUCGUCUGGACAUGGUUCGGCUUCAGCACUGUUAUGCUGUCGCUAGCAGAGAUGGCAUCGAUGGCACCGACUGCUGGUGGCCAGUACCACUGGGUCUCCGAAUUUUCGCCUCCAAGCGUCCAGAAGCCAUUCAGCUACUUCAUCGGCUGGAUGUCAACACUAUCAUGGCAAGCCGGUACAGCUUCCGGACCUUUCCUCGUCGGCACCCUAAUCCAAGCCUCUGUCAUCGUCAUGUACCCAGAAUACGAGCCCACCAGCUGGCACGGAACGCUCAUGGUCAUUGCCGUGACCUUCUUGGUCUGGGUCCUGAAUAUCUGGGGCUCAAAGGCUAUGCCUAUUUUCCAGAACGUCAUGUUGGUCGUUCACGUAUUCGGUUUCUUGGCCAUCAUCAUUGUCUUCUGGGUUCUGUCGCCACGGGCUACUGCUGAAGUGACUUUCACCCAGUUCAAGAAUGGCGGAAACUGGAGUUCAACUGGCUUGGCUCUUAUGGUGGGUCAGGUGUCAGCCAUCUAUGCUUGCAUCUGCUCCGACUCCGCAGCCCACAUGGCCGAAGAGAUCAAAGAUGCCGGCAAAACCGUUCCCCGCGCCAUGAUCGGCGCGUACCUCAUGAACGGCUCCCUUGGAAUAGUCUUCCUAAUCAGCUAUAUGUUUAUGAUCACCGACGUCGACGCCGCACUCGCUGAGGACUACCCGCACAUGUGGGUGUUUGCCCAAGCCGUCAACUCUGGUGGUGUCGUAGCCCUCAACGCCAUUCCCACGGUGCUCAUCUUCGCCGGCACAUUAACUUUCAACUUGUCGACUUCACGCCAGACCUGGGCUUUUGCUAGAGACAAGGGUCUUCCCUUCAGCAACUGGAUUGGCCAUGUCGAUCCAAAGUUGGAAAUUCCGGCGAAUGCUGUGACGGUGACCUGUCUUAUUACGGUUGCGCUGAGUCUGAUCAACAUUGGCUCGGAUACUGCUUUCAACGCUAUCAUCUCCCUCAACGUCGUAGCUCUCAUGAUAACAUACAUGUUCUCCAUCGGCGCCGUCCUCUACCGCCGCAUCCGCCACCCCGAACUCCUCCCCAACUGCCGCUGGUCCCUCGGCAAAUGGGGCGUACCCAUCAACAUCGGUGGCGUUCUCUACUCUUCCCACGCCUUCUUCUGGUGCUUCUGGCCUGAGUCUACGCCUGUACCUUUGGAGUACUUCAACUGGGCUGUUGUUAUGUUUGUUGGUGUGGCUGUUCUGAGUGGUAUUGACUAUGCUAUCCGCGGACGCAAGCAGUAUAAGGGCCCAGUUGUGCUUGUGGAUGGAUUCAAGGGCGAAUGA